AUGGCGUCCCCAUCCGUCAAAGCUAAGGCUCCCCCUCCGCCUCUCACCAUCACGAGAGUCGACAGCGCGGAUGCGUCCAUCUCCAUCGUCAAGGCCGGCGAGGCCAACGUUACCGCCAGUGCCAACAAAGGUAAAGGCCCAUCUACCACCCGCCCCGUCAGUGCCCCGGAGCCAUCACCAGCCACCACAGUCAGCACGACGGGUUCGGCGUACAAGGCUCCUAACAAGAGCAUUUGGGACGUGGAUCCACUGAUGGCGAGGACCGAGACUCCCUUGACCGGUGAUUUUUCUUCUGCUAUGCCCCCUUUCCCCAAUACCUCCGAGAGAACCAAGACUGGAGAGUCGUCCACCGCUGUGGCGACGACGACGAGAGCGUCCAGCAUUAUUGUUGAGGGCCAGGACCUCGAGGAUCAAAGCGCGACCAGUGAGACGUCCAGUAUGGUCCCGCCUUCUCUUAUCUUUUCCGAUGACACACACCGAUCUCGCGAGGAUGGUGUUCUGGAGGGUACCACGGUUGUGGGGGACGAUGACCACAGUGCGCCCAUGACGGAGGGUGGUCCGAGAAGAAUCUUUAACGAGCAGGGUCAGAGGAUGAACCCGUUCCGCGUCGAAUUUCGUCCUCCUGGCGGUAACCGUGUGUUGGGGUUGAGGGAUGACACCAGCGAUCAGUUCCUAACCAACAGCGACGCCCGUGCCCGUGGCAGUGAUAACGUGCCAUCGGGAAAUGCUCCAGAGAAUCCGUUUCGGAUUAGGCGCGAUGUUCGCGGCGGUGCUCUCGGUGAUCCCUCACCAUCUCGAGAUGGUAUGGUCUGGGCCAGAACCGAUGUUCGGGGUCGCGAUGCCGAUCGCAUGCCAUCGGGUGAUGGUACGGAGAAUCCGUUCCGUGUACCGCUUGUCAGGACGCCCAAGAGCGAGUUUGCUCGUGCUUUAGCGGACCUCGAUACCCGGGCUGAUUUGGAGGCAAUGUCUAUUGGCCGUACGAUGCCAAAGGUUCGAGCCGAAGUCGAUCCUGAGGAAUACAGUUUUGGCCAACGCUACACGAAGCCCGUCAAUGGCAGUGUAAUUAUUUCCAACUCUCGAACGAUUGCUCCGGAACGCAGCGACGAGCAGGAGUGCAUCGUUUGCGCGGAAGUCAAAGGUCCUGACCAGUUCCCCAACACUUCCAUCACGACCACCUGCAAGCACGCGCCCACCACUUGCCUCGAGUGCGUCCAGACGGCUAUCCGCAUCGACUUGAACAAUAAGCUGUGGACGGAGAUUAACUGUCCCGAGUGCGGUGAGCAUCUCGAGUAUGUUGAUAUUCAGAAGUAUGCUGAUGAGCGCACGUUCUCGCGAUACGAAGAACUCGCCCUCCGCUCGGCCAUGUCCGAAGCCACCAACUUCAUCUGGUGCACCUCCGGCUGCGGCUCGGGCCAAAUCCACGAAUCCAGCACCCACCACCCCAUCGUAACCUGCCUGCACUGCGGCCACCGCUCCUGCUUCCAGCACAACGUAACCUGGCACGAGAACCUAACGUGCGAAGAGUACGACCGGCUCCUCGCCGACCCGGAGAACUUCAAGUCGCGGCUCGAGAGCGACGCGCCCCUCGACGUUCGCCGACGAAGGCAGAUCGACGCCGACCGCGCCGUGGCGCAGGGCCUCGUGGCUGGGGAGCAGGCGGCGUCGCGAAUGAGGAGGAUGAUGAGGGACGGGAGGGAGAGGGAGAGGGAGCAGAGGAAGAGGGCGGAGAAGGCGGUGGAGGUGGCGAGGCGGGUUGCGGCGAGGAGGAAGAGGGAGGAGGAGAGGAGUAAGGUUACGAUUCGGAAUACGACGAAGCCUUGCCCUGGGUGUGGAUGGGCGAUUGAGAAGAACCGCGGCUGCUCUCAUAUGAAGUGCAUCAAGUGUGCCUACGAGUUCUGCUGGGGCUGCGCAGUCCCAUGGCGUAAAGGCCACAGCUACAAGUGUAAAGGGCUGGAAGAAGAGGACGAGGCGUAG